CGAUUAUAACAAUAUGAGUAUGAAUGAUGAGGUUAAAUCAUUUAAAUCAGUGAAAAAACAAGACAUACGUAAUAAAAAUAUAAAACAAGUCAAAUCAAAUAAGAAUAAAACAAUGGCUAAAAAAAAUAUUUCAUAUUUGGAUAAUAUUGAAAAAUUACUACAAAAUGAAAAGAUUGAAACUGAUAUCAUAAAUACUAUUACGGUAAAACAAGAUGAUGAUUUGAUAAAUGUUAAAUCUCCAACUGAUGAAAGAAGUUCCGAGUACUGGACCAUCAGCCACUAUAAGAUCAAAAAUAUUAAGAAUGUUGAUAGCAAGAACAGGUAAUAUAAUAUAUUAUAUUAUUUAUAUACGGAGAGACCAGGACUAUUUUCGGAUAAACGCUUUUAUAACGAAUGUAAACUAGUGAAUGAUAUUAAAUCAUUAUCCAUACAAAGACGAUACACAUUGC